UUUGAUAUAUUUCUUUCAGAUGAUUCUUUCUACCUCUGACAAUUAAAAAUGUGUCGAUCUAGAUGAAGUAAUCUCUGUAGAAUGGAAAAGACCUAAGUAUACUCAACCCAGUGCCAGUAACUGAUAUUAUCAAGUAUGCCUCCACUAGUCCGGAGAAGUUAAACCCAACCUAGACUCUGAUCUCAAGUAUGAGAAGGAAGAUGGGUGUAGAAACUGUUAGAAGAGAGAACAAUGAAGAACCUGGGAUUAAACCUCUUGAUAAAGAGGAAAUAGAUAAACAAGUGAAUGGAGGGUCAAAGGAAAUAGAAGAUGAAGAAAAAACACAAGAAGAAGGAGAAGACAAAGCAAAAGAAGAAAAUGGAAUUAAAGGAGAAGGCAAGGAAGAAAAAAUGGAUGAGGGAAGAGAUGAACGAGCUUAUGUAGAAACGAAAAAGGACGAACGAGCUUUAAACAUAGAAGAGAAAACAGAAGAGAGAGCUUUCUUAGGAGAAACAAAAGUAGAAAAUGAACGAGCUUAUAACGAAGAAACUAAAAAAGAACGAGCUUACAACGAAGAGGCAAGUGUAGAAAGAGUAAAUGAAGAAGAAGAAGGAAAAGAAGAACGAAUAAAUGAAGAAGAAGAAGGGAAAGAAGAACGUAUAAAUGAGGAGGAAGAGGCAAGAGAAGAAAAAGAAAUGGAAGGAAAAACCAUUUUUCACGUUGAACCAAAUAUUCCUGAGAGGAGGGAGGAGCAGAUAGAAAAUGAUUCUCCUGAAGAAGAAACUGAUGAAAAUGUGGCUGAAGAGAUAUCAGCAGAUCCUGAACGAUCUUUUGCAGAAGAAGAACGAUCACGGGAUCCUGGAGCCACAGAUGAUCAUUUAGACCAAUCUUUACAUCUGGAUAAAGAGAAGUCCUCGAUAACCCCUCUUCUGAAUGGUGAUGGGCCUCCCGCUUCGACUGAGGUUGAGUGUUUUCAUCCAAGCCGAGGAGAAAAUACACCAACAAUGGAGGACCCAAAACCGCCCCUUGAGGAACCCCAACCACAAACCAGUUUGGAUCUAUCACAAAGGGGGGUUGAUGGUUACCAACCUUGUCUAGACUUAUCACAAGCUAAUGGUCCUUAUCAUAGAUUGGACCCCGACGGUCAUCCUCACAGACUUGACUCUGACGGUCAUCUUUCAAGACUAGACUCUGUUGCUCAUCCUCACAGAUUGGACUCCGAUGAGCAAACUAUCGAUCUGUCUUAUCCGAGUUCUGAGCGCCAACCUGACCUAGAUUAUUCUCAGCAUAAUGACCGGAAGUACGCCAAGCUUAAAUAUGAUUAUAAUCCAGGUGAUGUUCAGAAUCAUCCGGAGGUUGACCGGCACAUGACAGCCUCACCCAGCUUACCAAAUAGAAGUGAACACAAUCUUUAUAAUUACGAGGAGAGAAAUCCCAGAGACGUUUCUGAACACAAAGACACCGCUAGAGAGAGAGAUAUGUCUCCGAACUCUGAAUCUCACUCCGCUAGGGAGGGUAGAGAGCCCCCCCUCCCUCACAUCUCUCAUAUACCCUACUCCUGUGAUCCUAGUCAGGAGGAAGGGGAUCUAGAACCUCCUCAGCAUUCAAUAAGGUUUCCUAUUCCUAGACCUGGAGAAUAUGAUUCUCAUCCUCAGAACCUUCAUCAAUCACCUCCAGUUCCUCAUCUUCAUCAUUCUCCACAGAGUCUUCAUCUAUCCCCAGCUCACACUGGUAGUAAUGUCAGUCAAUCUCCUGCUCACCCUCUCAACCUUCAUCAAUCUCCGGCGCAUCCCAUCCCUAGUCCUAAUUCAGAGAACUCGUUUCAGAGAACUCCUUACCAUCCUCCCCCUGAUCAGAGUGUGGACUCCCACCUCCAGGGACUCCAGUACUCCAUGGGAUCCCAGUACUCCCCGUAUAAUCAUCAUUAUUUCAACAAUGCAAACAGUUACGGACAGAACUUCAUGUCGUCGCAUGGAUUUCCUCACAACUUUUCCUCCGAGGUUAGAUCCAUGAUGGGGUCCCACGAGAUGUACAUGAACCAGAGUAGGAUGCAGGAUCCUCAUGCUCCUCCCAGUUUUAAACCUGAGUUCGGACACCCCGGUAUCCUGGGAGGACUAGGAGGAAACCAUCCUUCCCCCCGCCAGGAUCCUUACAGCUUCUCCAACUCUGAUGAUGAUGUGUGCUCACCCAACCGAACCCCUGCCCCCUACAGUAUGGGGUUCUCCAGCAUGCCAAUGCCCUUGAUUACCCCUAAGGCUAAAAAGCCCCGGAAACCUAGAAAACCCCGGAGCCCUAAGCCUGAUGCUUUGUUACCUAUGCAGUUGAAAGAAGAGGACUCACGCAGUAGUGAUCUUGAUCAAUCGUUUGACGACGACUGUGAUGGAAAGCUGGUGAUAGCUGAGCAUGAUGAUGAUCUGGAGCUGAAGGAUGAUGACCUGGAUGGGAAGGAAAAGAAGCCCCGGAGAAAACACAACCGGUUCAAUGGAUUAGCUGAGGAGGAAGUCAUGAAAAGACUUCUUCCUGAUUUAAUCUGUCCAAACCUAGAUAUCCUUAUUGUUGGUAUAAACCCUGGUCUAUAUGCAGCCUUCAAGCAGCAUCAUUACGCAGGACCAGGAAAUCAUUUCUGGAAAUGUAUGUUCUUAUCUGGACUAAUCCCCCGACCUAUGAAUGCUGAGAAUGAUCAUGAACUGCUGGGACUAGGGAUAGGGUUCACAAACAUCGUGGAGAGGACAACCAGGGCCAGUCAGGAGCUCAACAGACAGGAGAUAGAAGAAGGAGCCGACAAACUGAUCGCAAAGAUCAAGGAGUUCAACCCAAGGAUCGCCGUAUUCAACGGGAAAGGGAUCUACGAGGUGUUCAGUGGUCAGAAAGAGUUCAUCUUCGGGAAACAGCCGGACAAAAUCAAGGGAACGGAUUCGUAUGCAUGGGUGAUGCCAAAUUCAAGCGCACGGUGCGCGCAGCUCCCGCGCGCAGUUGAUAAAGUUCCUUUUUACACCGCCCUCAAGAAGUUCAGAGAUUAUCUACGAGGCGAGGUUCCUGACCUCGACGAAUCUGAGGUCGUCUUCCCCGAGGUUAAGCUGCAGAACUUUAACAACAAGCGGAUAAAGGACGAGGACGAGCUGGAGCGGGACGGUGAGGAGAGCAGAGACGGAAUGGAUUCUAGAAUAGACCCUGAUACAGGAAAGAAAAGACGAGGCCGUCCUCCCAAACCUCGUCCGGAUGGAACUUUGCCGCCGCCGAAACGAAAACGUAUAGAUGAAUUUGGAAAUCCUUUACCCAAAGGAGUCAAUCCUAUUGAUCCAAUAACUGGUAAGAAGAAGAGAGGAAGACCAAAGAAGAAUGACCUUCCUCCUCCUCCCCAUCAUAUGCAUAAUGGUAUGGUCAAACCAGAAUAUCUCCUGAGAGAUGAUGGAACCGACAGUGAUGCCCCCAGUUCAAUCUCAAAGACUCCAACACGGCUUCCUCCCUUCUCUCCUAACUUUGCCCGAAUGGGUCCUAUGGGGAAGGAUGAUGACAGUGAGUGCGGAGAAAGACCUACAAGUGUCAGACUUCGGACAUCAAUGGAUGAUGACGGUUCUAAAGACUUAAGAAGACCAGACAGUUUGCCUGAUUUAUCAGGAAGGCUGGGGCACGGUCCUCACUCUCCACUUGGUAAAGAAUUGCACCAUCCCGACUUUGAUCAAAGUAUGCCGGAGGAAGAAACUAGUCAUUCAGAUGAUCGUCGGCCUGACUCCGCAAGAUCUCUGAGCCGUCCCCAAACCCAGUGCAACUUCUCCAACCCUACAACCCCAGUGGACGCUCAUGGAUUCCCUGGACAGCAAUCCUUUCCCGGUUUCCCUCUGAAGAAUGACCCUCAUCAUUCUCCCAACUAUCCUCAGCAACCCAGUCAGCAACAGAGCUUCCAUGCUCCUUACAGAACAAAUCAUCCGUUACAGGAGACUCCUCCUCACCAGAGCUUUGAUUCACCCCAACCUCCUGUCAGACAAGUCAAGCAACAUGAUCCGUCAGACGUUUCAAGCAAGAGUCUCACAGGAUUGGAAUCUCUAGUCGACCAGAUCCCAGCAAUAGCAGAGAAUGAUAGUGGAGUAUUCUCCGGGUCGGGAGGAGGAAGCCAUCCCCCCACGCCCAGAUCUGUUGGUCCUUAUAGUCCCAACCAAUACCAUAGUCAAGGAUCCUAUCUUAAUACAGGAUAUCCUGGUGGCCAGUAUUCCAGCGGUCAGCAGGCUCCUCCAGGACCUGGUAACACACCAGGAAGUGAUAGCUACCCCACAGACUUAUCCACAAGUACAAAUUACAACGUUGUUUCCACCACCUCCUCCCACUCUCCGGUCACCCAUUCAAACUUCUCGGUCAGUUCCCUUGCCCACAGUAGUGUUGGUCGUGGUGGGGAAACUAGCAGUGACGCCACAGUCUCCGGACACGGAGCUUCAUCCUCUUCUGACGCAUUCUCUGUUUCCAACCUUGCGUCAAGCUACGCUUCAUCGUUAACUAGUGAACAGUCUGAUAUAUCCAAAUAUCCACCUGGGAUAACCACCAACCCGUACAUGAGCGGGAUGAGUAACAGUAGCUCCAUGUUCUCCCCUGGAGCUCUCAUGUCCCGGGGGAUCUCCCCAGCCCCCAAUUUCAUGUCUGGAAGUAUGGGUUCCAGUGUUGCGGCGGGUAUGGCCGGCAUGGGGAUGGCUGGAAUGGCAGGCAUGUACGGAAUGUCUAACUACGGACAGUACAGUACAGCUGGCGCUUACACCGGAGCGGCUCAAGCUUUUGCUGCUGCCGCUACAGGAUCAACAUACCCACCUCACGGCCUGCACAUGCCAAACCCUAGUUAUCCCUACCCUUCUCCUUAUACUCAAUCACCCUACUCCCAAUCUCCGUAUUUUUAAAUAUCUGGAACUAUUUAUUUAAGUCAUUGUUAAGUCAGAAAUGUUCAAACUGAACUUCAAACCAGUUUAUAAACCCAUGUGGUGUAACCCGUUUUUAUUCGUUAACUUUAGUCCUGGUUCUUCUAGUCCUUGCUUUUAAAGCUCGUUAAAUUAAUGUUAAAAAUUCCUUGCUCCAAACAAUCAGAAGAUAACCACAGCAGGAACAAGGCUGGCUUUAGGCUGGUAUUUAUUGAUAUUAUCGGAUGAGGUAAUUUUGUGAUCACAUUCUUGAGUUUAAUAUUUUUAGUGGCAUUAUUAUUAAUAUUAUUAAUAUUUUUUAUUUUAUUCCGCGGCACAAAUAUUUUCCUCGAUCAGCUCUUUCCAUUGUUUUAAAGUGGGAGAGAGCUAGUGAAAGUUAAUUAAGAUGAGACUUUGAUGACAACAUUAGAAUCCAAGUCUUGUGUUUUUUAACUCUCUCUGUCUGAAAAUUAAUCUAUCCCUAGCUCAUCAAUUACUAGUUUCCUUGCAGUAAUCUGUAAUGUAAGUGUAAGCAAAUCUGCCCCCCUGGGGACAGCUUUGUAGAGAACUGUUGAAACGUAAAGGCCUAGUCAACAAAUUAUAUAAGUUUUAUUGACAUUUUGGGAUGGUAAAAACUUUUUAAAGGAGCUGUUAACGUAAAUAUUAUUGACCCUAGGCUUUUGCUAUAGAAAACUUAUACUUCCAAGAAACUCAAUUUUCAAACAGAAAUCAGAUAUAUUUCGUUUAAAAUCGUUUAUAAGAGUUUUUAUUGGAUGGUUCUCUUAUAUUUACCUUGCCAGCUCCUUUAAAUGUUGUAUCUGGAAGCUAGAAAUUGAAUUUUUAAGAGAAUUGAGGAGAUUCUUCUUGUUAAACUUUUUUGUGAUCCUUGUUUUUAUUGAUACAGGGUAUAUUUUUAUCUUUUUCAGUCUUUGCUGUUUUUUUAACUGUACUCUAUAUCGAGUGUUAAAACUACAUAUGUACAACUUUCUGUUUCCUGUUUAGCAUGAAUUAAAGGUUGUUUAUCGGAAAGCAUAACCGGGAUUAUUAUGUAACAUAUUAGAUGAGUGUAUGUACACUGUACCUUUAGACCUAACCUAAACACCUUUUGUGUUCUUUUUUAAACAGACGAUGUUCUUUAGUUUUUUUUACAAAAUUGGAAUACUUUGCUUUUCAAAUCUAAUCAUGGGUCCAAGUAAAAAGACAAAAUCAAACCCGGAACUGCAGAUCUCAGAGUAGAUGCUAGGCGCUAAACUAACUUAUUAUAAUGAUAUAUUCAUACAGAAUCCAUGAAUUUAACCCCCCCCCCCCCUUCUGUUUUCCUUUAUAACUCUUACAAUGUUGUGGAAUGCUGAAACCUUUUAUGUAAUUUCUUACGUAAACGUUAUAAUCUAUGUGUAGCAAUCUUCUUGUCAGUGAAAUAAAUAUUUCAAGCCAA